CGGGCGGUUCUUGGAAGCUCCCGCGCGCUCUCUGCACCCGCAGUGCAGGUCGCCAAUGCGCACGCGCAGGACCAGCCCGGACGCCCGAGCAGCGGUCCCCGCGCAGGCUUGGCCGUGCACCCCCGCCCUCUGCCCGCUGCCCCGGCUCCUCCCUCCUCUCGAGCUUCUCUCCGGGGCGGCCGCGCGGGAGGGAGGCCGAGAUGGCAGAUGAGAUCGCCAAAGCACAGGCCGCACGGCCUGGUGGCGACACGAUCUUCGGGAAGAUCAUUCGCAAGGAAAUCCCAGCCAAAAUCAUUUUUGAGGACGACCAGUGUCUUGCUUUCCAUGACAUUUCCCCUCAAGCACCAACUCAUUUUCUGGUGGUACCCAAGAAACCUAUAUCUCAGAUUUCUGUAGCAGAAGAUGAUGAUGAACGUCUUCUUGGACAUUUAAUGAUUGUUGGCAAGAAAUGUGCUGCUGAUCUGGGCCUGAAGAAGGGUUAUCGAAUGGUGGUGAAUGAAGGUUCAGAUGGGGGACAGUCUGUCUAUCAUGUUCAUCUCCAUGUUCUUGGAGGUCGGCAGAUGAAUUGGCCUCCUGGUUAAGCAUAUUUUAGGGAUAAUUUUACCUUCUCUGGGCAAUGGUCAAUAUUUCCCAGUUCCAGUAUGUUAAACAGUAUACUUACUUUUGUCUGUGUAUGGAGAGAUUGAGGAAAUAAUUUUUAAAACCCAUACAUAAUAAAAGACAAUGUUGCAUGGUUUACAGUC